GAACGCUCCAAAACCGGGCUGGAGAGUGAAUUGACAUCUUCCAAGUGCAGAGUAACCAAACAAGUCAGUCAGUGAAUUAUCAGCCCCCGAAGAUGACAAUCUCCAAAGCGACCGAGGCGAUGGAGGUGGAGAUGUCGACAUCGGAGGCCCCCAGCACCGAUGAGAUCGUCGAGAAGAAGGACACGGACCUGCAGACGAUCCACGACCUGCGCGAGCACACCCGCCAGAUCGAGAAGGCAGUCCUGAACAAGGAGCCCCGUUUCAUCCUGCGCGCCCUGCGUGCCCUCCCCAACACCCGCCGCAAGUUGAACCCAACAGUCCUCCGAGGAGUGAUCGGAGGAUUCUACACAAAGUCAGCAGCAGAUCGCGAGGCCCUGCUGGCAUGGGUGGAGGAGCCAAUGGACACUGAGGGGACCCAAGCAGCGAUCCAGCGUUUCAAGAGUUCAGCCUCGCCCCUCCUCCCCGAGAUAGACGCCUACAUUCACCUGCUGGUGCUGGUCCGGCUGAUAGACACGAAGAAGCACGAGGAGGCAGUGCAGUGCUCGGAGGCCCUCGUCCAGAAGAUAACAGCAACCAAUCGCAGGACAAUAGACCUGAUAGCAGCGAAAUGCUACUUCUACCACUCGAGGGCGUACGAGCUCGUGGGCCAGCUGAACAAGAUCCGAGGGUUCCUGCACCUCCGUCUGAGGACAGCCACCCUGAGGAACGACUUCGAGGGCCAGGCAGUCCUCAUAAACUGCCUCCUGAGGAACUACCUCCACUACAAUCUCUACGAUCAGGCUGACAAGUUGGUGCUGAAGUCGACGUUUCCAGAGUCGGCGAGCAACAACGAGUGGGCGAGAUUCCUGUACUACCUGGGGAGGAUUAAGGCGGCGAGGCUGGAGUACUCGGCAGCCCACAAGCACCUGGUGCAGGCUAUGAGGAAGGCCCCGCAGACGACGGCCGUUGGCUUCAGGCAGACUGUCCAGAAGCUGGCGGUCACCGUUGAACUUCUGCUGGGGGACAUUCCUGAGAGGCAGAUCUUCAGGCAGGCCGCUGUGAGGAGAGCCCUGGCCCCUUACUUUCAGCUCACUCAGGCCGUUCGUCUUGGCAAUCUUCACAGGUUUGGGGAGGUCCUGGAGAACUUUGGGCCCCAGUUCAGGGCUGAUCACACGUUUACGCUCAUCCUGAGACUGAGGCACAACGUCAUCAAGACUGCCAUCAGGUCGAUUGGGCUGUCUUACUCGAGGAUUUCGCCGGCUGACAUCGCCAGGAAACUGGGCCUGGACUCUGGGGUCGAUGCUGAGUUCAUCGUUGCCAAGGCCAUCAGGGAUGGCGUCAUCGAGGCCACCCUGGACCCUGAGAAUGGGUACAUGAGGAGCAAGGAGACGACUGACAUCUACUGCACCAGAGAGCCUCUUCUUGCUUUUCAUCAGAGGAUCACGUUCUGCUUGGAUCUGCAUAAUCAGAGUGUCAAGGCGAUGAGGUAUCCUCCCAAGUCGUAUGGGAAGGACCUGGAGUCUGCUGAGGAACGCAGGGAGAGGGAGCAGCAGGAUCUCGAGCUUGCUAAGGAGAUGGCUGAGGAGGAUGAUGAUGGCUUUCCUUGAAGAUUUUUUUGUCUGGGGAAUUAUUACUUGAUUUUUCAGGAUUUUCUUUCGUAUCUGAUCACUUUUAAUUUCUGUAUUCAAUGCUACUUCAUAGAUAACAAUAAAGGAGAAUAAAAUGAAGGGGU